AUGUCGGCACCAGCUCUGCCUAGCCCCAUCGAUCCCGCAUUCCUGUCGCGCUUGGACGACGACUUUGUGGAGUAUUACAACAAACAUCUGGCCAUUAAACCGGCAACUCACAACAUCACCAUCGAGAAUAUCCGGGCGACCCCAGAAAGGUUUGCAUUGCCAUGGUAUCGGGACUUUACUUACGAGCCUUUUGUCAAGGACAUCAAGCUCAAAGCCGAGGAUGGCCACGAGUUUGUAGUGAGAUGUUAUCAUCCUGAUCCGAGAACCUCUCCCUUUGGAGAAGGGCCGUAUCCUAUCCAUAUUAAUUUCCAUGGUGGGGGCUUCGUGCUGGGAGGUCUGACUGCAGACGCAGAGCUUUGCAUGUUGAUGCGAAACCGAGUUGGAAUCAUCGUGAUGGAUGUUGACUAUAGGCUUUCGCCUGAGAACACCUUUGGUAAAGGGCACGAUGACGCUUGGGCUGCUAUCUGCUGGGCUGCUCAGAAUGGCAAAGAGCUUAACGGCCGGCCGGAUUCUAUCUCCAUUGGUGGCAUCUCAGCCGGUGGGCACAUCAGUGCGGUUUGUCAACAGUUGGCCCGGGAUGAAAAGAUUGACCUCAAGCUGGCAAUCCUUUCUGUGCCAGCGACAUGGAAAGGAGAUGACAUGCACGAACCUUCCGACUCACCAUAUCCCUCUGUAUCCGAGAAUGAGAAUGCACCAUGUCUCAACUGGAAGCGUCUGAAGUUCUUCAGAUCACUGUAUGAUCCAAAGACUGAUGCCGAAAAGGCCGAGAUUGUUGCCCGGCCGGUAUGCUAUAUAAGUCCACUUGACGGUAACUUGGAAGGUGUCUGCAGGACUUAUGUUGCUACCGCUGGUUGCGAUCCGCUCCGUGACGAAGGCGAGGACUAUGCUCGAAAGCUCGUCAAGAACGGUGUGCAAGUGACCGUUCGCCGAUACACUGGGGUUCCUCAUCCCUUCAUGCAUAUGCUAGUGGUCAAUAAGGCUCAAAUGUACAUAGAUGAUAUCUGCGCUCAUCUGCGCAUGGCACACGGAGCUUAG